UUGACUCGCCUAAGUGGGGAGAAAAGUGAGGUGUGCGUUGAUAUUUCCACGAUAUUACGUUUUGCGUUGACGAAAAGUUAAUUAUUUUCGUUGCCGAGUGCGCCGAAUUUAGCGCCGUGGACAAUCCGCGUGUCCGUUAAAUAAAAGUGCCCGUCUGGAUUGGAAACCGCCGCACUGCAAAGUCGUCCAGUUGGGACCUAACAGCGUGGCUCCUCAGGCUUUCUCUUUGUUUCUUACGCGAAUUAACUAAAUGAUUCGUCCGGGCUCGACGGUACGGUGUGACGUCUGCCGUCCCGGUUCCUAACCGUAGACCGGGGGCCCCCCCAUCCGUUACUUGCGUGUCGAGCGACUCCCUGUCUCUCUCGGCGGUGCUGCGGUGCGGCGGUGCGCGGUGGCAUGGUGGUGAUCCGUGCGGGUACCCCUUACUGACGUUUCGUCCCUGUGGUGCGUCAGCAGUGUUGCCUUUUUUUAUCUUUGAUGACGUCGGUAUAGUACGGGUAGGACGUAACGUCGAGACAAACGUCGUCUGUGUGUGUCUCUCUCUUUCUCACCCCCACACACCCCCUGUUAAAUGGACAAACGGAAAAUGUUGCCCAAAAGGCCUAGAUUCGAAUCGCGCGCCCCGAUCGCCAACGGACCGAUGCAGGCACGUCCCCUGGUCGCCCUGCUCGACGGACGCGACUGCUCGAUCGAGAUGCCGAUCCUGAAAGACGUCGCGACGGUCGCUUUCUGCGACGCUCAGAGCACCAGCGAAAUACACGAGAAGGUUUUGAACGAGGCCGUCGGCGCCCUGAUGUGGCACACUAUCAUCCUGACGAAGGAGGACCUCGAAAAGUUCAAAACGUUGCGGAUCAUAGUGCGCAUCGGUAGCGGUGUGGACAACAUCGACGUGAAAGCGGCCGGCGAAUUGGGGAUCGCCGUGUGCAACGUACCGGGUUACGGGGUCGAAGAGGUCGCCGACACUACCCUGUGUCUCAUACUGAACCUUUACAGGCGAACGUAUUGGCUGGCCAACAUGGUCAGGGAGGGGAAAAAGUUUACCGGACCCGAACAGGUCCGCGAGGCAGCUCAGGGUUGUGCGCGGAUACGAGGCGACACGCUGGGCAUCGUCGGUCUGGGCCGGAUCGGCUCCGCAGUCGCUCUGCGAGCCAAGGCGUUCGGUUUCAACGUCAUCUUCUACGACCCGUACCUGCCCGACGGUAUCGAGAAGAGUCUCGGACUGACGCGGGUGUACACGCUGCAGGACCUGCUGUUCCAGUCUGACUGCGUAUCCCUGCAUUGUACGCUCAACGAGCACAACCAUCAUCUGAUCAACGAGUUCACCAUCAAGCAGAUGCGGCCGGGCGCGUUUCUCGUCAACACAGCGCGGGGCGGCCUCGUCGACGACGACGCCCUCGCGCAGGCGCUGAAGCAGGGCCGGAUCAGGGCCGCUGCGCUCGACGUCCACGAGAACGAGCCGUAUAACGUGUUCACGGGGCCCCUCAAGGACGCGCCAAAUGUGCUGUGCACGCCCCACGCGGCCUUCUACAGCGACGCGAGCGCCACCGAGCUGCGCGAAAUGGCGGCCAGCGAGAUCAGACGCGCGAUCAUGGGCCGGAUACCCGAAUGCCUGCGCAACUGCGUCAACAAGGAGUACUUUAUGGGCCCGGGCUCAUAUCCCGAAGUGUCGCCGGCGGGCGUAAACGGCGGCUACUACCAGAGCGGCGGCGCUCUGCCGGUGCAGCAGGCCCACUCGACAACGCCGCACGAGGCCCCCCACACGGUGACGCCCAACGCGGCCCCGCCGACGCCCCAGCCCGCGCCCCCCGUCGGUCCGGUCCCCGUGCCGCCCCACGCUCUGCCCAUCAGCACCCCGGAAGUGGCGGCCAAUCAUCACGCGCCGAAGCCCGAGCCCUCGGAAGUGCAUUAACACGGAAACGCGCGACAACAAUAAAGAAAAAAAAACAUUCAAAACAAAAAAAAGCCAAGCAGCCAGCCGCGUGGACCUGGUGUCUAAACAGCACCCUUGUUAUAUACAUACAUAUAAAUAUAUAUAUCGGACGGUACUGCGGGGACGCAAAGAGUGCGCGGGGGUAGUGUGAAAUGCGAGCCAUUUCGUUCUGGGACUCUAUAUAUAUAUAUUUUUCAUCUAUUUUAUAUUUCAGUUUAAAUAAGGCAUCAUACAUAUCGUGUAAUAACCAGAGAGACGAAAAAAAAACAAUCCUCUCUUACUACAUCACAGGCACACACACACACACAUAUACACACCAUAAACACACAGACGCAGACAGCGUACGGCAACGCGAAUCGCGCAUGCGCAUGCGUAGGUUUGAUAGGGGGAGUUAGUGACUCGGUGUACAUAACGGGACGGCGUGAGGGGGGCGUGGUUUCGCGUUGUCGGUCGUAUUCGCGGCGCUUCCUAAGAAGUAGGUUGCGGUUUUUAAGCGUGAGGGCGCAGGCCAAGAUGAAAACAAUACAGGGAGGUCAAAAAAUGAAAGGUGAGGUGCUGACAGGUACAGUACAUCCUCGAUUAUCCGUUAAUUCUGCCCAAGUAAACGUUAACACUGACCAUAAAUAAUGAAAUUACCCGGGUGAGCGGAUUUGUCAUGGAACGGAUUGUGCCGGCUGUCCAAUUUUGAUUAUUGAAGGCGCAUUACAAAAAAAAAUUGGUGUGCGUCGAUUUUGAAUAGUACCUGUAGCUUCUGAGCUCUUAAUGCGACAAAUAUUUUGAUUUUGUAAACAUUUUUUCAUCGGAACGUUUUAACCGAAAUAACAAUUUUUUUUUUGUUCGGUACAGUAGAGCCUCGAUUAUCCGCGAAUUCGCGCAUUUCCGUUUUACUUUUAUGACGCUUGCAAAAUGGUAGUUUCUGAGUGAAAUGUGCCACAUUUAUCUAAUUUUUUGAUUCAAAAACCGUUCUCUGGUCUCAAUGACUGACGCGUUUCAUAAAGUCGCCUAUGCACCAUUUCACCAUUUCUCCAUGUUCACCACAAAGGACUUGACAAAAUGGGCAACGUUUUUAACAUUUAGCCUGAGAAAAAUGUCAUCCAUCAAGACAGGGGUAUAAAAACAGCAGGCUAUUUUUUAGGUACGCCACUGUCUGUUUCACUUUUCGAUUUUUAUCUUGCCCGAAACCGCCCGCUUAAAUAUCGUAAUGCGCUUGGAGGGGGCCCCCCGAAUUUUAUAUACUUUUUUUAGUUUAGUUUGUAUAUAAAUGCUAUAUCAUCCAUCAUCAUCGUCGUCGUCGCAGUAAACGCUUGGAGUCCAAAAUCUUGAACGGCAAAACAAACAAACAAAUAAAUCAAUAAAUAGUUGGGAGUGUGGCAGAUGCAGCGGGUGAGAGAGAGAGAGAGAGAGAGAGAGAGAGAGAGAGAGAGAGAGAGAGAGUGGCGCAGGCGUGUAGGAUCGCGCGGAUCCAUCAUCAGUGUUUCCGAGUAUUUUUCAUUAGAUUAGCUAGAGGUCGCGCAGGAGAGGGGUGGUUAUUAUUAUUAUUAUUGUAAUUUUUCCCCCGUCGUUAACCGGUCCGACGGACGUUUAUGUUGCAAAAAAGUUUUGCAGUGCCUAAAUAUUAAAAAAAAAAAGAGAGAAAAAUAUUGUGACGCGUCGAAGCCGGGAGAGGACCCUUAUUUUUUGUGCCGGGCACGCGCGUUUCGCGUUUCUCUGGUCGUUUUCGGUUUUCCCCUUCUUCUUUUUUUUUUUUUAAGGUAUUGUUCCAAAUUCAUGGAGAGCAAAAUGAAAAAUUGUAGAAUAGAAUAACGACUUUUAGUAAUAAAAAUAUUCAAAUAUG